UGCAGACAGCAACUUAAAUGCUUUUGAGGAAAAAAAUCUAAUAAAAAAUGGGAGUAUUAUCAAGCAUAUCAAACUAUUUUAUUUCAAAUCCGUGGAUUAUUAUUGUCCUUCUUCUUUUGUAUUGCUUCAUUUAUGCGUUGUCAGUUUUAUUUUCGGGUCCAAAACCCGGGAGAAAUCCAUUCUCGGUUGCCCAUGUCAGACCACCAAAACCACUGGUCACAGAUCAUAAAUUGAGGAAAAAGGUACUGAAACAAAAAUUCAAGUCUCAAACCAUUCCAGAGAAUAUAGACACUAUUGUGAUAGGAAGUGGUAUAGGAGGGUUGUCUACAGCUGUGCUUCUUGGGCGUGCCGGCUACAAGGUUCUAGUGUUAGAGCAACAUGACCGUGCUGGGGGCUGUUGUCACACAUUUAAAGAUAAAGGAUUUGAGUUUGACACAGGUAUCCAUUAUGUGGGAAAGAUGAUGGAAGGUGAUAAGACACGUGUAUUGAUAGAUCAGAUUACAGAAGGACAAGUUGUUUGGGAACCCAUGGACCAGGAAUUUGAUGCAGUUGCCAUUGGUAGCCCAGAGAAAGCUAAGUGGUAUACAAUGGCAUCUGGUUCCAAGGAAAUAUUUGCUUCACAUCUGGAGAAACAGUUCCCUACAGAAAAAGAGGCCAUAGCUAAAUUCAUGCAACUGUUAAAGGAUUCAGAUGCUGCCUACCUAGGUGUGAUGAUUCCCAAGAUGAUCCCCCGCUGGCUAGCCCAGAUAGUUAUAAAGACAGGAAUAUAUGACCUGGUGAUGAGGAAAUAUUUGACAUUAUGUCGGAAAUCAGUAAAAAAUGUCCUGGACGAGCUUACAGAUAAUGCAGAGUUCAAGGCCGUGUUAGCUUACAUAUUUGGUGAUCUUGGAGUUGUGCCAAGCGGAUUAAGUAUGGUGAACUAUGCAUCUCUUAUCAACCAUUAUAUACCGGGAGCUUUCUAUCCAUAUGGUGGACCGGGUGAGAUUGCCUUUCAGAUUAUACCCAUCAUUGAGAGAUACGGUGGACGUGUAAUUACAGACGCCCCUGUCACAGAUAUUCUCAUUAAUGAUAAAGGCCGUGCUCAUGGUGUGCGUGUUUCCAAGAACGGCACCAGCGUCGACUUGUUUGCUAAAAAGAUCAUAUCAGAUGCUGGUGUAAUAAACACAUUCAAACAUUUACUACCAAAAGAAGUAGCGGUCAAAGCUCCAUUAUACAAAUAUAUCCAGGAAGUUGGACCGAGUAUAUCGUAUGUUUCUGUGUUUAUUGGAAUGAAUGGAUCUUCUCAAGAGCUUGGACUGAAGAAAAGUAACACAUGGGCAUUUUUAAAUAUAGACUAUGAGAAAGAUAUGGAAGAAUUCAAGUCAAAGAGUCUGGAGGAGGCUGUAGAAACAGAAUGUCCUCUUAUGUUUAUAUCCUCGUCCUCGGCUAAAGAUUCCUCAUUUGAGGAGAGAUAUCCAGGAAAGUCUGUCAUGUUAAUAAUCACACUGAUGCCGUGGGAGUGGACACAGAAGUGGGAGGAAUGUCGUGUGAAACAUCGUGGCGAUGAAUAUGAAAAUCUCAAGAUGAAAUUUGGCCAACAGUUGUGGAGACAGGUGGAACAACUUUACCCAAGUGUUGAAGGAAAGUUAGACUAUAUAGAUGUGGGUACACCUGUAUCUAACAAGCACUACCUGGGACAACCCGAGGGAGAGAUGUACGGUUUAGAGCAUAACAUCCGGAGGUAUGAACCAGAUAUAUCUAUGCACCUGAGGGCUCACUCAGGUAUUCCUGGCCUCUACCUAACUGGUCAGGACUUGAUAUCAGCUGGGUUCAGUGGUGCCCUGCACGCUGGUCUAGUCGCAGCAUCGGCAAUCCUGCAUAGGAACCUUCUCAAUGACAUUGGCGAGGUUACCAAGGAGACGAGAAAACUAAUGAAAGCUAAGGUUGACAACGGAAAGAAAUCGAAUUAAAUAAGGACAUCAGAAUGAUAUGACUUGUAUAGUUAGCACAGGUUAUGAAUUAUUUGUGAUAUAGCCAUUACUGUGUAGAUGUUGAAUUGUGUAGAUCGAGGAUAUCAAUUCUGUUCAGGGGGUUGUAAUGACUGUUGAUUAGAUAUGCAAAUUGUUCAUCUGUCAAUUUUUAUCAAUGUUACUUUACUGAUAAAUCAUGACAAUCAUGAUUAUUGUUACUUUUGUUUUAUUUAGAUUGAAUUUACUUCUGUUGUUAUACUGUAAUAUGUGGUUUUGAUAGAUCAUAAAUGUGGUUUUAAUACAUGGAACAUAUGGUUUAUGUUGUUUUGAUAAACGGUGCUGUGGUUUAAAAAAAAACAGUGCUGUGGUUUCAAUACAUGGUGCUGUGAUUUUGAUAGAUGGUAAUGUUAGUAUUUAAAUGUCAGAAAGUAAGAAAUUACUAGUUUAUGUAUAAUUGCAUGUAUCAAUGUAAUUCAAAUGAAGAUAUUACUAAUAAAGGGAGGUAAAAAAUACUCCUCAAAUUGGGCAUUAUGACUUAAUUAUAGAAGUUGAUAAAAGUUUUUUUAAUCAUUGAAAAGUAAUCCUAUAUAAGUCUAUGCUAUUAUAACAAAAAAUAAUCUGAAAAGCUUAUAUCUUAUUUCCAAUGAGUAUGUGUAAGAAUAGUUAAUAUAAAAGCAUAACAAAAAACACUACCGGUGGCGAGGGUAAACAAACUAAACCCACACACUGUUUAAUCUGGAGUGAAAACUACCACCACCAUCACCAAGCAUUGAUUGCAUGAUUGAAUAUAGAAAGUUAAUCAACCUGUAAGAAAACUGAAUGUCCCUUACACAUCUAGAAAUUUUGAGAAGGGACAGAACAGAAUGUAACAUUCAUAACCAUAAUUUUCUUCUUUUUUUUUAAGAUAAAAAAAAGGUAAUUUUGGAAAGAAAGAUGUUUUUCUUAAAAAAAUUAACUGUAUUUGAAUUAUCAUUUUCUUUUUACACAUAAAUUUAUUUUCUGAAAGUGUUUUUUUGUGAUUGAGAAUAUUUUUCUAAAAUCACAUGUUCCUGUCAUAAAAAAAUAAAAUAAAAUGAACACAUUUGUUUAAAGCAGCAUGCCUCCAGAUUCAUGCUAAUUUUCAUGAUUUUUUUAAAAAUUGAACAGUUCAAUAUUGUCAAGUGAACAUUGAAAACGUCACUUAAAAUCUAUGAAAAUUACCAAAAAUAGGUCCAAAUGUCCAAUAACAGCCCUUACUUUAUUAUUAAUGCGGUAGAAAUAUGCUUAAUAAUACUGCAAAAUCAGUCAUUGAUUGCAUAUAACAUGUAAAUUGCUUCUUGAAUUGUGAAUAUUUUAAUUUUUCUUAAAAUCUUAGUACUUUUUUCUUAAUUUUAAUUUUCAUGAAAUUCAAAUAUUUUGGAGGCAU